AAUGCAUAUAUUCAGGGAAAACAUGUUUUUAUUGAGGCCCAGAGCCUGCAACUUGUUCUGCACUGGUGGAGUCUUCUGGAUUUCCCUGCAGGUGUACAAGGCCACCUGUAAAGGACAAAUGACAGGAUUAGGUUCUUAAAUUGGUUUUCUGUCUCCAUUAGGACCGAAGGAUCAACCCAAAUGUGCACAAUGAAGGGAUUGUCAGUAGGAAGUGUGCAGAGGGUGGUAAUUUGCUACAUAAGAGCAGCCAGAGUCAGCUGUAUUGAAGGAGCUAAAAAAAUAAAAGUGAUCACAGCAAUCUCUCCUCUGUAAAAUACAGAAAACCUAGAAAGAUUUUCCAAGAAAAGAUGGAAAACAGACACCAAAAUACAAAGGAAGAGCCUGACCAUUCUGAUUUGAAAUUUGACCAAUGUGUUGUAGUAAAUAUAGAUUCCAGGUCAGAUGCUUUUUCACAAGAUGCCUAUCUAUCAUCAGAAGACAACUCUUCCUUAUCAAAAGGCUCUUCUGAAACUUCAGAAUCUGCACAUUCUUCUCUAUUAAGUCACUCUCCAUUUUUUACUGAUGAAAGAAAGACUAGUACUGCAGCUGAUGAAUACAUAACUAAUAAUAUACUGAACUUUGUUCAUUGUUCCGAAGAUGAUUUGAUCAGCUUUACCUUUGAAGUUUGCAAAACUAAGGAGACAGGACUAGUUCCUGCUUCUGUUUUAAUAAAAUAUUUAGAAGAUGUCACAGGACAGAACCAUGAAAACUGCAGAUUGUUAUUGCUGUACAAUAUGUUAGACCCUGAAAGACAGAAUAUCUUUAUCGAUAGAGAAACAUUUCAUGCUACUAUGAAAAGUUGGAUUGCCAUGUGCUCCCAGGAUUGUAUUUCAGAUAAGUCCAUUGAAAAUAAGUCUACAAAUAAAAGAAACCUAGAUAAAAAUAGAGGAAAUAUAUUAUUUUUAACUGAGGAAGAUGCUGAGACUUUUCAAGGAGCAGCUGAAGACUCAGAUAUGCAAUUUGAUGCUCUAACUAGUAGUGUUGCAGACUUAAAAUACAUGUAUCAGAAAUUAACUGGCCAGGUACUGGGUACACAGAAAGCAAUGGAAGUAUCAGAUGAAAUCUGCCUGCAAUUGAUGGAUGAAGUUGCAGAACUGAAAGGCAAGCUAACAAGACUGGAGCAGUAUCCUGUACAUUUAAAAUGUAUAUCGAAUGAGCUUGAAGAUUUCAAGAGCAAUUUAGUGAGCUUUUGUGAGGAGAAUCACAUGAUUCAUGGAUAUUGCAGAAGUCUGAAAAAACAAGUCAACUCUCUUUCUACAAAAUUAACUUCAUUAGAGGAGGAGCUGAAAGAGAAGUUGGACCAAUCUCUGUUAAGCAUGUUUGUUUGCUUACACCCAUUCAUGGAAAGCUGGAAUAAAGUCAUAAAGACAUUGGAAGCAAUCUUUCCGAAAAGGGCAGAACUUUCAGCAAAAUCAACCAGCAUACAAGAUCUUGAACUACAGAAGAUAUUCUUGGAAAAAUCAAAUGAAACCGAUGAUCAGUCAGGGCGAAGUACAGCAGAAGCUGAAAAUCAAACCAUCACUCUGAAUGUGAUAAACAAGAAUAAUUUAUUUUCACCAUCUUUACAAACCGCUUAUUGCAAAGGCCAAGACACAGUUUGUUUAAACAAUAUAACCUUGGAAAAUGAAGAGAACUUCUCUGUAUGCCAAAACUUAGCUCAAACAGAAGACAAAGGACCAAAUCAAAUGGCAAUGUUAUUUCAGACCAGGCAAACAUUUUUAGAAGGAAAAGCUAAAACAAUAGAUGAAAAUAUGGAGGCUGUGUUGGAAGACACAAAGUCUUUGACAAAAGACAAAAGAAACACUGUGGCUUUGGUUGAGCAAGUUGAACCUGAGAGGAAUAAACCUAUAGGUAUUCCUGAAAGUAGGACUCAGUCAGAAGAAAAUAUAAGACUACAUUCACCUGAGUCUGUUUGGAUCAUUAAUAAACUGAAAGAAUCUGCUCUUGAGGUUCUGAGGGUGCUCAGUGACAAUGUCCUGGACAUUGAAGUGAUACUUCUACAUGUUGUACAGAUGAAUCGAGCAGUUCAACUUUGGUUUUAUGAGGCUCAAAGAAGUACAGUUCCUCUGCAUUCUCCAAAGGAAGCAACAGACUUCUUCAAAAUGGGAAAAGGAAGACCAACUGUAAAACAGGUACAGCGCAUAACCUGGAAGUCUGUAACCAAACUUCCUUGAACCAUUUUAAACUUACUUUCAUUUAAAAUAUUAAAUGAACCUAGUCAUAAUGUUGGAAAGUCUUAAUAAGUAAGUGUACUGUAAUCUAUGUCUACCUGGGCACAUCUACACAUGCAAUUAUUGUGCAGCAAUAAACUGGUGCACAUCA